UCUGUUCCUGCCCUGACCGCUCACCAUGACCCAAGGAGGGACAUGUCUUCGCCGAAGAGGCGGGCCGUAUAAGACGGACCCCGCGACCGACCUGACGUGCUGGCGGCUCACCAACGAAGAAGGGCGGCAGAGGUGGAACUACUGGCCCGACGGCGGAGAGGCUGGAAGAGCCCAGAAUGGGUUGGAGGCCCAUUCUCUGGGCCUGGAUACUAGUAAAUUCUUCGAGGAUUUGCCCCCAGCGCAGACAGCCUGGGCAGGAGCUCUGAACGGGAUGCAGUUUUACUCUAAGCUGCAAGCAGAGGACGGUCACUGGACUGGGGAUUAUGGAGGACCUCUCUUCCUACUGCCAGGUCUCCUUAUCACGUGCCACGUGGCUAACAUCUCGCUGCCAGCGGGAUACAAAGAAGAGAUGAUUCGCUAUCUCCGGUCCGUGCAGCUUCCGGACGGCGGCUGGGGCUUGCACGUUGAGGACAAGUCUACGGUGUUUGGGACGGCCUUGAGCUACACUUCCCUGAGAAUCCUGGGCAUUGGCCCAGAUGAUCCGGAUUUAGUCCGAGCGAGAAACAACCUUCACAGCAAAGGAGGUGCUGUCGGUAUCCCUUCAUGGGGUAAAUUUUGGCUGGCCAUCCUGAAUGUUUACAGCUGGGAAGGAUUGAACACCCUCUUUCCUGAAAUGUGGCUGUUUCCCGACUGGGCCCCCGCCCACCCCUCAACGCUGUGGUGUCACUGCCGUCAGGUUUAUCUCCCCAUGAGCUACUGUUACGCGACACGGCUAGCCGCGAAAGAAGAUGAACUGGUUCAAAGUCUCCGACAGGAACUUUAUGUCCAGGAUUAUUCCAGCAUCAAUUGGCCAGCCCAGAGAAGUAACGUAGCAUCUUGUGAUAAGUACACACCACACAGCUGGCUGCUUACAGUUGUUUAUGCAAUACUUAACCUGUACGAAACCCACCACAGUUCCAGUUUGAGGAAGCGAGCCAUAGUCAAGCUGUAUGACCACAUCCAGGCCGACGACAGGUUCACCAAGUGCAUCAGCAUCGGCCCGAUUUCGAAGACCAUUAACAUGCUGGUUCGAUGGUAUGUGGACGGGUCAACUUCAUCCGUGUUCCAAGAACAUGUGUCCAGAAUUCCAGACUACCUGUGGCUGGGACUGGAUGGCAUGAAGAUGCAGGGAACUAAUGGCUCCCAGCUCUGGGAUACAGCAUUUGCCAUCCAAGCUUUCCUUGAGGCUGGUGCUCAAGACAGACCUGAACUAUUUUCUUGUCUGAAGCUUGCAUAUGACUAUCUUAAAAUUUCCCAGGUCCCAGAUAAUCCUCCUGACUACCAGAAGUACUAUCGCCAGAUGAACAAGGGGGGAUUCCCCUUCAGCACUCGGGAUUGCGGCUGGAUCGUUGCGGACUGCACAGCCGAGGGCCUGAAGGCCGCCAUGUUGCUGCAGGAGAAGUGUCCUUUCAUCACCGACCACAUUCCCGAGGAGAGACUAUGGGACGCUGUCAACGUGCUGCUGAGCAUGAGGAAUUCUGACGGAGGAUUCGCCACCUAUGAGACCAAGCGUGGGGGUCGGCUGCUGGAGCUCCUAAACCCCUCGGAGGUAUUUGGUGACAUCAUGAUAGACUACACCUACGUGGAGUGCACGUCGGCGGUGAUGCAGGCCCUGAAGCAUUUCCACCAGCGGUUCCCUGAGCAUCGAGCCCAGGAGAUCAAGGAAACUCUUCAGGAAGGAUUGAAUUAUUGCCGACAAGUACAGAGGACCGAUGGAUCUUGGGAAGGCUCCUGGGGGGUUUGCUUCACCUAUGGAACCUGGUUUGGGCUGGAAGCGUUUGCCUGCAUGCAGCAGACCUACAAUGGUGGGGCCGCGUGCGAGGAGGUGAGCCAGGCCUGUGACUUCCUGCUGUCCAUGCAGAUGGAGGAUGGAGGCUGGGGAGAGGAUUUUGAGUCCUGCGAGCAGCGGCGAUACGUGCAGAGCGCCAAAUCCCAGAUCCACAACACCUGCUGGGCCCUGCUAGGCCUCAUGGCUGUCAGGUAUCCUGCUGUUGGGGUUCUGGAAAGGGGCGUCAAAUGUUUACUUGACAAGCAGCUAUCCAAUGGUGACUGGCCCCAGGAGAACAUCUCUGGUGUAUUCAAUAAGUCCUGUGCUAUCAGCUACACAUCGUAUAGGAAUAUCUUUCCCAUCUGGACCCUGGGACGGUUCGCACACCUUCAUCCCGAAAGCCCUCUCUCAGGCAGGCUGGUGAUGUGAAGAAUCAGCAGACAAGAUCGUGGCCAAGGACGCGGCUCCCAGUGCCCUAAAAACCCAGAAGCAUCAUGGCAAUCCUUGCCAGAUAGAUUUUCUUGGCCAGUGGAUAGGGAUAGAAGAUCCGUUCAAGGUUGUUGGUCCUUAAAAUUAGCUUUUCCAUCAAUGGUCCAUGUGUAGGCCCUUAGCCAGCUCAUGUUUAACAUUAAUUGUUGCUUUGUCAUGGCACAGAACUAUACCGUGCGUUAAGACAAAUCACUGUGGUGUGGUUAAUCUUUGAUAAAUAGAACCUCUUUCUUGAAAAUUCAGCUGUGGUGGGAGAACAGAUUUUUUCUUUUAAAUCCCAGGCUAGAGAAAGUAGAGGAGAGUAAGUUACAAGGUCUUUGUUAUCCCUUUCUUUGGUUUUGAAAUAUGGAAUGUUUUCCCUCACCUCCCACCCCUUUCUUUACUUCCUCCUGGGUUUUCACUCCUGACCGUAAAGGCUUCUGUUGUGGCCCGAGGCACUCAGGGCAACAGCAAGUGAUAAUGGUAACUUGGAAUAAUUUUUUUUUCUCUUCCUAAAGUUUGAUUUCCCUUCAUUUGUUCUUUUAUAGUGAAUACCGGAGAAAGCUCCCAGGAGCUCCAGUGAAAGGAGCUCCAUACAAAUAUGAGUGUCUGCAAGAGAUGUCAAGGCACAUAACAGUAAUGGGGUGGGUGCUGUUCCUCCCUGAUUUAUGGCAUUGAGGGAUUCCUGAAAGGAAUUGUCAGAGGGAUGGUCUGGAGAAUCUGGCCCUGCCUCCUGAGGUAUUUCUCAGGUAAUAAUACGAAGUUGACAGCCUUCCAGAAUUCACUUUCUUGUUCCCCUUCCUGCAGCCCUAUUUAAUGGCAUGGCAGGGAUCCCUUCUCUUGGCAACCACGCUGCGUCCCACACCUCUAGAUUUAGACUUCUUUGAUUGAUGGGUUCCGUGGCCCAGUAGACAAAAUAAAGGACUGAGGACGUCA